CCCGACCGCCCCCAGAGGCGGGACCGCGGCUGCUGAGUCGAGGCGGGAUGAGGAGAGGAGAAUGGGCCCCUGGCGCUACGGCACCGCCUGGACUGCCAGCAGUGCAAGACGCCGCGCUCCCCCCAUGACCUAAGGAAACGCGUGCAAUUCAGGUAGGAACAGAGUCUAAUUUUAAUCUGCAAACCUAUCUGGACGGAAAACCCCAAGGCUCAGAGAUGUGAACUGUGAUGAUUUGCUGGAUUAAGAUUUUCCCAAAGACAUUUUGAAAAGUGGAUGUCAAGACUCUCGACCGCCAUGAUCCAGGCAGAGAAAAAAAGGACUGGCAAGGUGCUGUGGAGGCCACAUAGCAGAUCAGUGAAUUUUCUCCAAGUGGGUGUGCAGCUUCUGCCUCCGGCACCGUUUACUGGAGCACAUCCAACUGGGAAAGAAACUGGCUGCCUGCACAGGACCAGAAUUCCUCCCAGUGAUUUCCUGGACCCUCUUGAAGUCUGUGAGCAGUCCUACAGUUUCACAUCAAGCUGUGUAGUGCUGCACUGCUGAGACCAUGCUAUAUAUCACAUGAAAAAUCAAAACUGAUCAAGGCAUGAGCAAUUCAGUGCUGAGCUAUGACAUCAGGAGUUAAAAUCUAGAGGCAGCUUUUCUAGAGCAAGAAGAUAGGCCAGACAACAGGAGCCCUUUUGCAGUAUCUACUUCGUUUAAUAUCUGCUCCUUGUCCCAGCUGGAUAGCCUCAGGUCUUCGGCUGCAGUCUGCUGCUGGUCUCCAGUGAGAGACGAACCUGAGUGGCUCUAGAAGGAACACUAGUACCAUGGAACAGCAGGUAACCAAAGCAUUGUAGCGUGCAGGAGAGUGCAGUGAGUGCUUUCAGCUCCACAGACUUGUGCCGUUCUUGGCCACUGCCAGCAUGGCAGUGCUCAAAACAAGUGUGCAAGUACUGAAAUUAAAUCACUCAAACAAUUCUGAGAAAUGUGAUUGUUUUUCCUGAGUUUAAGAUUUGCUCUAUCUACAUUAUUCUGUGGCUAAGGGCACCAAACUGUUUCUGCUCUUGUAUAGCUUUUAGGUGCAAACCCCAUUUGGAUAAGUACAAAAAGGCUAGUCUUAACAGACUAGCUUUUCUAAAUCAAAGGAAAUGGAAGACAAAUUUAAGGAGUACUGCGCUGUUUUGUGUCACUGUGAAACAUCAGGUAUUCUCCAAACAGGUACCAACAAUGUUCUCCAGACUUCUUGAAAAAAAGGAAAAAUGGGAAAAUCUGAAUAAAAAUGGGAAAAUAAGGACUUGUACUAUUAGGCUGUUAGUCUGGCUGGUCUGAGGGGGGCUGUCUAGCAAAGGGGCUAGUUGCCGUGUUACUCAUCAACUUUGCUUGCAGCCUGAACAAUCCUUAUAGCUGCCAAAAAAUCAGGACAAUUUCCUCCAUCUGUUUAGGUGAAGGCUGUUCAGGCAAGUUAUGACACUUAAAUUUGUGAGAGAUAUUUCUGAGACUGUUUCUGGGAGAUGAUAUACCAUAAUAGCAGGUGAAACUGCAGACUCCCCCAGAAAAGAAUAUUUGAUGUCUAACACAGACAGAUGCUGAUGUAAAUGUUUAUGAAGAGUUUAAGUAUGUGACAUUGCCUGUAUGGCAAUGCAGAAAUUAUACUGCUAGUGAAAGAUAUGUUAUGAAAUAAAAAUCAGUGGAUGAGGAAUGGAUGAGAAUGGUGCCAAAGCAGGACCACUGCCAUGACAAAUGUAGUGCCAAGCAAGUGCAGCAAGAAGAAAAUCUAUUAAUUGCAUAUAUUCACUGUUAGAGGCAUAUCUCGAAUCUGUCAUUUUAAGAUGCUAUUAAAAUUAAUGCUGUCCUGAGAGGUAACUCUUGGAACUAUGUAUAAAAGUACCCAAUUAAUUAAAAAAAAUAAUCCAAUGAGAUACUAGAUUUUGAGAGAGAAGCAGUGAGCAGCUAAGCAUACAACCAGGCACUCAUAAAAUGGACUCUUCUUGGAGAAGAACGCUUUGUCUCUCAUUUCUGAGAGCUGCCUUGCAGCUGGAACUGAACUGGAGCAGGAGCUACAGGAAUUGAAGAUCACAUUUGCAAAUCUUCUGCAAUUUUGAAAGGAGGUAUACACUGCAUGGUAUGGACACACCAUCUCACCAUCCAGUGCUGUCAAAUGCUUAGAAUACAUGCAGCAGAGAUAUGGAUAAAAAAGGAAGAGGAUGUGCACCUGGAAACCUGGAGGUAGAUCCCUGCAUGUCAGACCCUGCCUCAAGCAGCCACGGUUCCAGCCCCCUCUCUGAUGGCAGCUGCAAGGAUAAGAAUGAGAAGAAAAAACUUCACAGAUGGAGUCAUAACAAAUACUGGCUUGUCUCCACAUGGAAGUGUCCCUUACAUUGCAACUCUGUGCUGAGAGACGGCUGUGUGCAUCUUGUGUUACAGUGCUUUGUAUUCACUGGCUCUCACAAGCAUACCUGACAAAUGACUGAUCCCUGUUGGUGUUCAUCUGAUAUUUUUUUCCGCACUGUCUGCUAAACCAUCAUUUAUCAUGAGGUCAUUUGUUAAAUCCUGGAUUCCUCAGUGCUUGCAGAUACUCAGGUCGCCUUGCAGAUUAUUCCAUGGAUGUAACAGGCUUCUUACAUCUCAGAUUAUUCAUACUAUGACCUCUGUAAACCGGUGUGAAAAGGAACUGCCAGAAUAUUUCAACUUUGCAAGUGAUGUCUUGGAUAAGUGGUUGCAACUUGAAAAGGAUGGAAGACGACCAGCAAAUCCAGCUUUUUGGUGGGUAAAUGAUGAAGGAGAAGAGGUGAAGUGGAGCUUUGAAGUUGGAUUCCUGUCCAGGAAAACAGCUAAUAUACUUUCUGAGACAUGUGGCUUGCAGAGAGGAGACAGAGUUAUAGCAGUUCUGCCUCGUGUUCCUGAAUGGUGGCUACUGAAUGUGGCCUGUAUGCGAACAGGAAUUGUCUUUAUUCCAGGAACAUCCCAAUUAACAGCCAAAGAUAUUUUAUACCCUCAGGCUUCAAAGGCCAAGUGCAUCGUUACCAAUGAUACACUGGCACCUGCAGUAGAAUCUGUCAUGUCUGAAUGCCAUUUUCUGAAAACCAAAUUAAUUGUAGCCAAGGGCCGAGAUGGGUGGCUGAACCUCAAGAACUCUUUGCGUGAGGUGACAUCUGCUGACCACAAAUGCGUCAAGACAAGAAGUCGAGACCCAAUGCUGAUUUUUACUAGUGGAAGUACAGGUUCUCCAAAGAUGGUGGUACAGUCUCACGGCAGUUACGGCAUCGGAUUUGCAACCAGUGGCAGGUACUGGAUGAACUUGACUCCCUCAGAUAUAAUGUGGAAUACCUCUGAUACUGGCUGGGUAAAGGCAGCUUGGAGCAGUGUUUUUGCACCAUGGAUCAAUGGAUCAUGUGUUUUUGUACACAGUUUGCCAGAGUUUAAACCAGCAGUUAUUGCAGAGACUCUCUCAAGAUACCCCAUCACCACCUUUUGCACUGCCCCCACUGCCUACCGCAUGCUUGUCCAACACUGUCUGAGCAGCUACAAGUUCAUGAGUCUGAAACAUUGUUUAUCUGGAGGGGAAGCACUCAAUCCUGAAGUGAUGGAGCAGUGGAAAAUCCAAACAGGGCUGGAUAUCUAUGAAGGCUAUGGCCAGACUGAAACAGUAACAAUAUGUGCCAAUAUGAAAGGAAUGAAAAUUAAACCUGGCUCUUUGGGAAAAGCUGUUCCCCCUUACGAUGUGCAGAUCAUAGAUGACCAUGGAACUGUUGUGCCUGUAGGAAAAGAAGGCAACAUCGCUAUUCGAGUUCAACCUGAACGACCAUUCUGUAUGUUCUCUGAGUACAUGGAUAAUCCAGAGAAAACUGCUGCAUGCAUGUCUGGAAACUUUUAUGUCACUGGGGACAGAGGGAUUAUGGAUGAGGAAGGAUAUGUCUGGUUUGUUGGAAGAUCUGAUGAUAUCAUUAAUUCUUCUGGGUAUCGUAUUGGUCCCUUUGAAGUUGAAAGUGCCUUAAUACAGCACACUGCAGUCAUGGAGUCAGCUGUUGUCAGCAGUCCUGAUCCCAUUCGAGGGGAGGUAGUCAAAGCCUUCAUUGUUUUGGCUCCUGCUUUUGUAUCACAUGAUCCAGAAAAACUAACUCAAGAUCUUCAGCAACAUGUCAAAAAGGUGACUGCUCCUUACAAGUAUCCAAGAAAGGUGGAAUUUGUUCAGGCUCUGCCAAAGACAGCUACUGGGAAAAUCCAGAGAAAGGUUCUAAGGAACAAAGAGUGGGGAAAAGCAUAAGAUUAAUGGAAAUGGAGGAG